AGCUGGAGCAGUCUGCUGGAGCAGUCACUGUAACAGCCAAAGCCGAGAGGGACUGAAAGCAAAGAGAGAGAGAGAAAAGCUAAUAGAAAAUAAAGUAAGGUAGAAAAGGUAGUAAGUACAGUAAGUAAGGUAGAAAAAUUAAGAUUGACUCAAAAUUACAGAGAGAAAACAGAGCAAGGAAGCAUAACUGGAAAACCACUUCAGCCUGGGACAGAAGAGACUGAAGGAGAAAAAGAGACGCAUGAAAUAACUGAAAUCUUGGAUUUGAGACACAUGUUCAUGCGUGGACUGUCGCUGCUGUGAUCUGUCAUUCCCCGGCCGUUUAGUGUGUGCUUCAGAAGCAGAGGAGAGAGAGUGUGUGUGAGCCUGUUGUUCCUCUGGAGUCUACGGGACCAUGGCACCUGUCAGAAACGGAUGAACUUCAGCCUUGAAAGACUCUCAGAAGAAACAGAAAAAACGGCCUCCAGCAUAAAGAAUAAACUUUCACCGCAUCGCUGUCACAACAAGCAGGACGACUAAGAGCUGUCACGGCAACAGCUGCCACGACAACCAGCAUCCCGGUCAGCCAUCUGUGUGGCAGCUGUCUGACGUUUAUCCUUGACUGAGAAGUUCUGGUGGUCCUCAGAAGAUGAUGAUGACGGUGGUGAUGAUGUUCAGUUUGUUUGUUCUGCUUGGGCUGGUCAGCAUCAGCGCUUCAUCCAGUGGAAGUUCUUCAGUGGCCUCACCACGUAUGAAGCUGUCUUAUAAAGAUCUUCAGCAGUUUAAUGGAGUUAAGCGAUUUGAGUUAGAACGUUCGUGUUGUUUUGGAGCUCUCCUGUUGGAUGAAGAGAGAGGACGUCUUUUUGUUGGCGGUCGUAACUACUUGUUAUCGCUCAGUCUUGACAACAUCAGCAAACAGGAACAGAAGAUUAACUGGCCAGCGCCUGUUGAUUGGAGAGAAGAGUGCAACUGGGCGGGUAAAGACAUCAAUACGGACUGCGUCAACUAUGUGAAAAUUCUUCACCAUUAUAAUCGAACUCACCUGUACGCCUGUGGGACGGGUGCGUUCCACCCCACAUGUGUGUAUGUGGAGGUAGGACAGAAGUUGGAGGAUCACAUAUUUAGAAUCGAUCCCUCUCUGGCAGAAGAUGGAAAAGGAAAGAGUCCGUAUGACCCACGGCACACAUCAGCAUCUGUUCUGAUCGGUGAUGAGCUCUAUGCGGGCGUGGCUACUGAUCUGAUGGGGCGGGACUUCACGAUAUUCCGCAGUAUGGGACGUAGGCCCUCCAUACGAACAGAGCAGCACGAUUCACGCUGGCUGAAUGAGCCAAAGUUUAUAGCGGCGUUUGGUGUUCCCGAGAGUGAGAAUCCAGACGAUGAUAAAGUCUUCUUCUUCUUUAGAGAAACUGCUGUGGAAGCUCAGGGAUUCGGGAAGGUUACCUAUGCUCGGAUUGGUCAGCUCUGCCGGAAUGAUAUGGGAGGGCAACGCAGUCUAGUGAAUAAGUGGACGACAUUUCUAAAGGCUCGUCUUGUGUGUUCUGUACCAGGCAACGAUGGCACUGAAACACAUUUCGAUGAACUUAGGGAUGUGUUCCUGCUGCAGACCCGUGACAAAAAGAAUCCGCUGAUCUACACGGUCUUUACCACUUCCAGUAGUGUAUUUCAAGGCUCUGCGGUGUGUCUGUACACCAUGAAUGACAUUCGGCGGGCAUUUUUAGGGCCUUUUGCUCAUAAAGAGGGACCAAAUUAUCAGUGGGUGCCAUUCCAGGGUAAAGUGCCAUACCCACGGCCUGGCAUGUGUCCCAGCAAGACCUUCGGUAGUUUUGAAACCACUAAAGGUUUUCCUGAUAACGUAAUCCAGUUUGCAAGGCACCAUCCGUUAAUGUUUAAUCCAGUCACUCCACUGGGGGGCCGACCGCUGUUCCUGCGUACUGGAAUACCAUACAGCUUCACUCAGAUUACCGUAGACCGCGUCAAUGCGGCUGAUGGCCACUAUGAUGUAAUGUUCAUCGGCACAGAUGUUGGCUCUGUGCUGAAGGUGAUCUCUGUUCCUAGAGGAAGCUGGAGCAACACAGAGCUUUUGCUGGAGGAACUUCAGGUUUUUAAGGAUUCAUCGUCUAUUAUUAGCAUGCAGAUUUCCUCUAAACGGCAACAGCUGUAUGUUGGUUCAGACACAGGUGUGGUCCAGGUGCCUCUGCAUCGCUGCAGUAUGUAUGGCAAAGCGUGUGCCGAAUGCUGUCUGGCUCGAGAUCCUUACUGCGCAUGGGAUGGACACUCAUGCACACGCUACCUGCCAAACACCAAACGAAGGUUCCGGCGUCAGGAUGUGAGGAAUGGUGAUCCUAAUGCUCUCUGCUCUGGAGAUCACCAAAAACAGCGUGUCCUAGAGAAGAGGUUAUACGCUGUGGAUGGAAGCAGCUCGUUCCUGGAAUGUAUCCCUAAAUCACUGCAGGCCCAGAUUACAUGGACCUAUCAGAAGCACGCAGAAAACCCACGGGAGGAGGUUCGUCUGGAUGACCGCAUAAUGCACACAGAACGAGGUCUGUUGUUCAGACGUGCCCUGCGAAGAGAUGCUGGCGUGUAUCAGUGUCACACAAUGGAACACGGAUUUACCCAAACCCUCCUCGCCAUCACGUUGGAGAUCCUGCCUUCGAGUGGCUCCGCACCUGCCGCUGUCAACCCUCGCAGCCCUGGCCACUCCCACGGCCAGUCCACUAAUCAAAAGCUGUGGUACCGGGACUUCAUGCAGCUGGUGGAUCACCCCAACCUGAGCACAGUCGAUCAGAUCUGCGAGCAGGUCUGGUCUCGCAAGCACAGCCUAUCGGGAAAAAGCGCUCCAGAUCCAGCCAGUGAGGCUCCAGGACAUGACCCUUUGAACUCUAAUCAUAAAAAAUGGAAGCACCUGAAGGAAGUGAGGAAGGGGCGAAAUCGCAGAACACAUGAUGGAAGACCCGCCCCCCGAGCUCCUCGGAGUGCAGGAGAGUAGCGAAGGGUAGCGAGAGAGACUGAGAGACCAAAAAACAAAAGAGAGAUCACUGGAGACGGACAGAUUCCUACGCAGCAUCUCAUUUAAAGACUGUUUAUAGCCUAAAACACGUGUUCUGCUUCUUAUUAUCCCCCCUCCCCCGGACACCAUUCUGCUACCCAAUCCACACUACUGCCCUGUCUGCCUAUUCCUAAAGCAACUGCCUGCUAUCAGUCUUUAUAUACUCUUGAUGUCUUCAUCUCUCGUCUAAAGACCCAAUCUAGUGCCCCAUGACCCCAAUUCCGCCUAUAGCCCCAGCUUCUUUUACUCCAGCCUCAGUUUACGGCGCUGUCAGUUCCUAAUGAUUACCCGAAGCUCACGCUUGAAGUCAUUUACCCGCACACACAAAACCAAGAAGGCUUUGGCCCACUCUCGUGAAUUACAACUGGAGGACAAAUGCAUGCAUGCACCGUGUAGUUCAGUAAACGGUAAACAGACAUUUAGUGAGUUCAUGUGUACUUGUGUGUGUGUUUUAACUGUCUGUUGUACAACGUGUGUUGGGUAGAUUAGAUUCUUCUUUAACUUUGGCCUUGAAACAGAGACCGCAUAGAAACUGACUCACCAGCACCAGAUGAACAUCCUCACCUUCUUCCACUACUUGAAAACUUGCAUACUUAAACAUUUCAAGCAAGCAAAAGACUAAAAAGAAGAAAAUGACAAAACGGUUGUUACUAAAAGUGUGCUUUUUGGUGAAAGUUUUUCAUGCCACCGUAUGUACAUACCUAAAGAGGUUAGUGAGCUUUACAGUCUGCUAAGUAUUUCUGAUGUUGUGUGUUGUAUGAGACUGACCUGGACAUACAGUAGCAUUCAUAAAGUAUACAGUGGCAUUAUGGAUAAAAUGGUCUAACACCCGAGGACGAAAUCUACAAAAAAAAACUUUUGUAUUUAACUUAAAGCCCACCAUUAUCCGGCUGACCUCUAAAAAGGCAAAACGGUCAUGUUGUGUUUGAAACAGAAAAGUUUCCUGAUUUUAUAUACCAUGUUCAAACGAAUACGUGUUCUAUAAACAUAAACAUCCUAGUGUAUGUAUAUUGUAUGUUGGCACAUAACUUAGGAAACAGUCCCAGAUCAUCUCUUAAAACAAAUAACAAUGACAUAAUUUCCUCUUUCAUAUCCUUGACGAAUAUUUAAUAUAUUUGAUAUGUGUAUCCAAUGGUCCAAAUUUCAAAUGCAAAUCCAGCAGUGUUGGAUUUGUUAGUAGCCUAAAUACAUGUUUACAAACGUAAUGCCAGUUUUCCAAACUUAAUUGAAAAUGGGGCAUAUACUGUAGGUGCGAACUCGAACUUCAAAAGUAAAAAUUGGAAUCAUUCUACAAAUUUACAUAAUCUAUUUAUAUAUUUGAAAGUUAAAUAGAUUUGACCAGUAAAGGCACAAAUGUUUUAAGGAGAGUUGUAUGUGUUGGUGACGUCAAGGGUUAAGCACGCCCUCUUCUGGUGAUUGCCAAGAGUUCAUGUUGGCACUGUAAAAUAAUCUAUUCCGAUUCAUUUUACACAGAUAAGAAUGUUUCUGGGUGAAUAUGGUGGAUUAUCAUGUGGUAGUAUUUAUAUCCGUUUUCAAAAUGUUUUUAUUUUUGCAUGACUUCGAAACGUCUUGGUGAGCGUGUUUACAAUGGAAAACCCAUGUUUUAAAACUAGGUUAUCUGGUGUUUUCAUUGUAUAUUUAUAAGACUCGAUAAGCUAUGUGUUGUGGUAGUUCUAAAACCGACCUACAUGUGUAAUGUUCGUUUUGAUAGAGAAAUCAUGCUUGUGUAUAUUUUGAAAUUCCUUUCCCUUCUUAUUAACACAUAUUUAAAACUAACACACUACAUUUGAAAGUCACUUGCCAAAUAGUCUUUUAAAUGUCUCUUCUCAAAAACAAACAUCCAAAGCCUUUCCGACUCUUUAAUUAGACUCUUCUCAGUUUUUGAGAUAGUGUAAGAGCGUAUGUGUGUGUCUCAGUGUGAGAGCGAUUGUGUGUGUUUAUGCCAUUAAAUAUUAGAACUUCUCUAAAUGGGGAACAAGAGCAAGUUUCAUUUUGUUGACAGGUCAAAGGUCGAAGACCAAAGUUGACGUGAACACUGUAUUACUCCCUGAGUUUCUUUCUCUGGAUUGUUGGAUCAGACUGUAAUUCAUUAACACAAUAAAACAUGCAGUUACUUCAAAAUAAUUACACAACAACGUGACUUUUUGAUAAACAAGUGUGUAAACCAUUGUGUUGUAGCACAAUUUCACCACUCGAGUGCACUGUUGUACAAGCGUAUUACAGCUGGUAGAGUAGAUUAUAUUGUAACUUUCUAUAAACGAUGAAACUCACUUUCAUACGUGUAAUUUGUAUUUAAAAAAAAAAAAUACUGUGUAUGGGAAACCUAAAGCCCGGUAUAAUAAAAUCUAGUUAACAUUUCCACUGUUUCCACAGGCUUUUCAACAGCAGAUAUGAUAUCAAGUUUUAUAUCAUAUCACGUAGUCUAUUUAAAUCUAACAGAAGAUGGUAAUGUUGUUGUAAACCCUUUUUAAAAAGUUAAAUGUUUAUAAAUGUUAUAUGAACUUAUGAAAUGUUGUCUUAAAUAAAUGCAUGAAGACUUUUAACAAACAAAAAGACAAUACAUUAUUAAAUAAUAAUAAAUAAAACAGAUGUAAAAAUGACCAGCAGUGCUGUAUAAUAGUCUUUUCAAUCAGUCUGUUAUCAAGUUAACAUUAAAAAACUGAAAAGAAUGCAGUCAUGUAAAUAAAUAAAUAGACCACUUAGAUGUUUCUAAAGUCUUAAUGUUUGAUGAAAACAAUAUGGUAUUGCAUAAUAUAUACUUAAAGCCAAUAAAUGUAUCUAUACAAAAGCCACACAAAAUAAAUCGUGCAGAGCCCUGUUUAAAUUCCAUUUCUUUCCCUAAAAGUCCAUUUGUUCUAUUUUAAUUCUUCUAGAUGUUUUCUGUAAUACUAUUGUAUAUCGUAGGCUUAGAAUGUUGUACUUAUACUAUUCCAUCACUAUGAUAUACUACAGUAUACUAAUAGUAACUAAUACAGAUUAUG